CGUCAUCCGACCAACCCAGCCAGGCCAGGCUAUCGCUCCGUCUUGCUCGCUCCGACAAACCUGCAACUCGUCCAGAAACCACAGAUCGCCCACAGCAUCCCGCAAUGGCACACAUAUUCACCCCAAUCAACCAGCUGAAGCUAACGAACGUCUCAAUCGUCCGUCUGAAAAAGGGCGGAAAGCGGUUCGAGAUCGCCUGCUACAAGAACAAGGUCAUGGAGUGGCGAAACAAAGUCGAGACAGACCUGGACGAAGUCAUCCAGAUCCAGAACGUCUUCACCAACGUCUCCAAGGGCCAAGUCGCAGCAAAGGAAGACCUGACAAAAGCAUUCAAGACCGAGGAUCUUGACGCCAUUAUUCUCGAGAUUCUGAAGAAGGGCGAGCUGCAGGUCGGCGAAAAAGAGCGCAGCAAUCAGAUCGAGACCAUGUACCGCGAUAUCGCAACAACCGUGGCCGAGAAAUGCAUCAACCCAGAGACCAAGCGGCCCUAUCCCGUCACCAUGAUUGAGAAGGCCAUGGCCGAUCUCCACUUCUCCGUCAACCCCAACCGCAGUGCGAAGCAGCAGGCUCUCGACGUCAUCCGCGAGCUCCAGCAAAAGGGCACCCUGCCGAUUGCCCGGGCUCAGAUGCGCCUGCGAAUUGCCAUCCCUGGAAAGGAUGGUAAGCGGCUCAAGGCCAAGAUGCAGCCGUUGUUUGCCAACACCGAGGACGAGGACUGGGGCGACGACUACGAAGUGAUCUGUUUGAUCGACCCUGGCAACUAUCGCCAGAUCAGCGAACUUGUAGACUCCGAAACCAAGGGGCGAGGUCGGGUCGAGGUGCUCAAUGUCAACGAUGUGACCGAGGGUGACGAGCGACUGGAGUAAAGGUUGGGGGGAGCAUUCUAUACUUCAUGUCUCCGUACAGGUCUCUCGCCAUCCGCUCCUGCGUUUCCAUCGCUCCCGGCUGAUGACAAGGAUAGUGAUGGAUUCCCGCACAUCCUGAGGUUGCCCACAUCGAGCAGAACCCACCCGCUCC